AGUAAAUAAAAAUAUUAUAAAAUAAAAAUUUGUUGCAAAUUCGUAUUUAAAUUCGUAUUAUUGUGAGAUGACAUCUCACACGGGACUGUUCACGUUACAGAAAUGAGCGCGACUACUCACGGGUUUUAAAUACUGUUUCUUCAGUUGUAUGGUUAUUGAAAUUUCAGAUAGCACUGACGCUGGAAAGAAACUGUCAAAUUACCUAAUAAACACUAGUGAUGAUGCUGUUGCUGUACCAGUUGAUUUCAUAAACAAAACACUCGAGUGCAGCCGAGAUGAUUUUAUGGCUUUAGUCAAAUCUUUGCCAGCUUUAUUAGAAGACCUUAGUGAUGUUCAGGUAGAUGCCAAAAAAGCAGCUGAUAAAAUUUACAAUUGUAUUGGACAUGAUGUUAACACUGCGCUCUGCGUUCUCGAUGUUGUUUCUCGUUUUGUAGAUGUAGCUAAGAUUCUCGUAAUAAAAACCCACAAUCACAUCAAGCCAGUGGCAGAUCAAUGGAAGGCAUUCGUUAAUAGCAUUAUCAAUUGUGGAAAAGGCAAUAUUGAUAUCUACAAUGUCGCAGGAGAUAAAUGGUUGCAAACGGUAUCCAAUUGUGUUAGUGCCUACACUUUAAAUAAGUUUAAAGUUAUUUUUAUGUAAUAUAUUUAUUAAUAUAUCUAUAUAUCGUAAAAGUUGUGACUCUUAUUUCUGCUCUUUUAGCAGUUACAUAUUGAAAUGUUAAACUGGAAUUCUGCUAUAUUCCAAGGAACCCAUUACGAAUCAAAUUAGAGGAGCAAGAUAUCGCUAAAAAGCGACAAACAAGCAACUGGACUUCGUAAGUCCUAGAUUUCCACCCAACCUGAUCGAAAGUUUAACCGGAAGUCGGUAUGUGAACUGUUUAUGUACCUUUACGUCGAUCAUAUGAUUUAUGACAACAUUUGUUAUUGAUUUACAACAUUUAUGAUUUCACUAAUUUUCUCAUUAUUGCCAAACUUCCGCUCAUCACUUUUUAGUCGAAAAGGACAUCAAAACGAAAAGCGAAUGAAUAAAAAAGCAGAAUGUUUAAUUUCAGUAUUUUAUAAAUGCUAGAAUAUUCCACAGUGUCACGCGAACUUUGAGAAAAUAUCAGUUUGAUUGGUACACCCGGUAUACAAUGACAAUACAAUGACAAUUUACCCGGUCUAUCAAUAAUACCUAGGUCUGUUCGUACAGGAAUCAGAAACUACCACUGACUAUCAGCAACUGCACGACGCAUGCGUGUUUCAAUAUUAGCGUUCGCACAAUUACAGCGAUAUUGUUAAAGAAUAAGGCUUUAUAUUAAAAAAUCACUUAAAUCGGAAAAGAGGUUUAGUAAAUUCGAGACAUCAAAAAUGGCUCAUUUUUAAGGUGGGGCGUUAAUUUCUCGGAGAAGUGUACCUAUAUCACAAAACACUAAACUAUCCACAAUAGGGAUGUUCACAAAAAAUUAAAAAGUCAUUGCAAACAUGUAAAACGAUUAAAAAACACCCUAGGAAUAAUUGUCCAAAAUUUCAACAAAAUUGAAAAAGUCUUUCUAUAAAAAAUCUUUAUUAGAAAUCUAGCGUUAUUUUAAAUUUCAAGAACGCUUCUCUAUUGGCCUGACGUCACAAGUUGCAUACCCCAAGCGCGCGCCAUUCUCAUAGUGUUAUUGUUUACCUGUUUGACGUUUCAGGUCGUUUUAUUUUGUUCUCUUCUUGUUUUAUCAGGGUUAAAGUGGAGUUUUAUAGUGAAUUUGUUUAGUUUAAAGUGGAUAGACUGUUUGUAAGAACAUAUUUUGGGUGGUACAAAAAUAAACAAAUAAAAUGGAAGGUUUUCAGAAAGCCGAUUCGUAUAAACUACUGACUGUAGUGUAGAUGUAACAAUGGUGUAUGAUUUAUUGGCAUCUUGUAAAAAAAUAAAUCUACCACAGCUUUACUGAGUAUAUAUUCCAUAUAAUUUUCCAUGUAUUCUUUAAGCUAAAAAAAUAAAUGCUUAAUACUCCACAAAAAAAUAGAGAAAGUUGUAUGCAUGCAUUGUAUGCAUGCAUAUUGUAUACAUACAUUGGCUGGUUAUUACCUUACCUUGGUUAGGUGUAUUAAAACUAUUUUUAUUCUUCUUCAUGUGCCUUGUCCGUUGUGGACGUUGGCUAUCAUCAUGGCAAUUUUAAUUUCAUUUGCGGCGUUUCUGAAUAACUCGAUCGAUUUUUGUCCAAAUCAUUGGCGUAAGUUUUUAAGUCAUGAGUGUCUUUUCUUCCGGGUCCGCGUUUGCUCUCUAUUUUACCUUGCGUUAUCAGUUGGAGUAUACGAUAUUUAUCAUGCCUCAUGAGAUGACCGAAAUAUUUAAGAUUUCGUUUCUUAAUUGUAAAAGAGAUUUCUUUUUGUUUUCCCAUUCGACGCAAUACCUGUACGUUGGUGUAUGUCGCCAGGAUAUUUUGAGGAUACGUGGGUACACACACAUCUCGAAUGCCUCUAGCUUUUUCAUUAAUGUUUCCAUUAUUGUCCAGGCCUCUGCGCCAUAUAGCAAGACCGGAAAUAAUAACAUUUUAGCAGCCGCAUUUUUAAUGAAAGAGAUAUUAUGUCGCAAUGGGUGAAAAUAUUUCUCAUGCAUGUUGUUAAAUGUUGCUCUGUCCUUUUCAACUCUGGAUCUUAUUUCGGUUGUUUCGUAUUUCGAGUUGACAACUGUUCCAAGGUAAAAAAUAUUUUUGAACUUGGGUAUUAUACAUUUUCAUUUCAACCAAUCUUUUCACUAAAUUAUUAAUGAUUUUAAUAUAAUAUAAAGUCAUACCUACAUCCACAUGUAGUUAUUUCAAGGUUUACUGUAUGUAUUAUUAGAAUCCAGUUUUUAGGAAUAUCCCAGUUUAAGGAAUACAAAUUUGAGGUCCCGAAACUUUUUCAUUUACUCCUUAAGGGGGUAGGUGCAAAAUCUUGGUCUAAUUCUAUUUAAAUUCAUUAAUUUUUUUCGAAUUCUGAGAAAACUAAUAAGUAUUUUUGAAAAAUGUAAAUGCAGAAAGAACAAUUACAUUAUUACCAAGGGCCGAAAGUCUCUGGAAAACUUCUAUAGUGUUUAUUUUAUUAAGUUAGUUCUUUAAGUUAGUUAUUUUAAGUUAUAGCUGCAACAAACCAUGUCUUUUUCUGUUUUAAAUUGUCUGGAACGGUCAUAAAAAUCUUGUCAGAACUGUUUUUUGAUGUAUUUACAUACCCAGGAACAAAACACCACUUAUUUGGCUUCAUUUUUAAUAAUCAAGUACGUAAAAAACUGCGCACAUUCAAAUAAACUUCGUAAAUAAGUAUACAAAACUAGUCGUCGAUCAAAGACGUUACGACUGCUGACGUCACAGACCGUAGCCUCGCUGCAGGGUACCGUUUUUCUAGCCUCCAAGAAAAUCAACAUUAUGAACUCAUUUAUCUUAAAAAAAUAUACAUUUUUAAGCAGUUUUAUGAUUGUUACGUUUUUAUACACCUUGUAAUCUAUUGAAUUUAACUAUAUUUAAAAAUUAGUGAACAUCCCUAUUGAGUGGUGUAAAAUAUAAAAAAUGAAAAUCGUCAAUUACUUAUACAUAUAUAUCUUGAUAAUUUUUUUA